AGUUGUAGCUGUCAAGAGCGCCAGCAACAACGAAACCAAUUGAGCUGCUGGAGUCCUGGAUUGCCUUCUCAGAUCGUGCCCGUCGCUUCGUCGCUUGCUCGCUUGUUCGCUUCUUCUUUUGCCCGCCCCGCCGCCAUGGCUCCUCCUAUCACCAUACAGCCCUCUCUUGAUGCUGUUCGCGAUACCCUCGUUUCCUCGCUGGGUGCGGAGAACCCCCCAAAUCUCGUCCCAAUAUGCACAUCGCUCUCCUCAGAGUUCCUCACCCCGAGCUCGAUAUAUCUUAAGGUGGCCGGCAAAUCCACAUCGAAACUCUCCUUUCUAUUCGAAAGUGCCGCGACGACAGAGACGAUCGGCAGAUACUCAUUCGUGGGCGCAAACCCGCACAAAGUCCUCCAGUCUGGCCCUGGCUUUGGCAUCGGCGAGAAGGAUCCCUUGCCUGCGCUCGAUGCAGAGCUUUCGAAGUACAGAGUGGCAGUCGUACCUGGUCUCACCGUGCCUCCAUUGAUAGGAGGCGCCAUCGGCUACAUCGGCUAUGACUGCGUCAAAUACUUUGAGCCAAAGACAAAGAGGGAGAUGAAGGACGUGCUCAAACUGCCGGAGAGCUUUUUCAUGCUGUUUGAUACUAUAGUAGCCGUGGACCACUUCUUCCAGCAGGUCAAGGUCUUCACGUAUCUAAAAGUUCCGACCGACCUGGGCGACCUGCAGCAAGAAUACGACCGGUGUCGCGGAGUUCUACAGCAAAUGGCGGAAGUACUUCAAGACCGAGACGUUCCUCUACCACCACAAGGCCCAAUCAAGCUCAAUCAACAAAUGACUUCGAACAUCGGACAGGAAGGAUAUGAGCGGCACGUAACCAAACUAAAGGAACACAUCUGCAAGGGGGACAUCAUUCAAGCCGUGCCUUCUCAGCGGAUAGCGAGACCGACGUCUUUGCAUCCCUUCAACGUCUAUCGGCAGCUACGGACGGUCAAUCCGUCACCAUAUCUCUUCUUCGUUGAUUGCGAGGACUUCCAGAUCAUCGGCGCGUCGCCCGAGUUGCUCGUGAAGUCCGAAGCUGGUCGCAUCAUCAGCCAUCCUAUUGCUGGCACAGUGAAGCGAGGAAAGACAGUGCAAGAGGACGAGGCCCUCGCAGAAGAGCUGAGAAGCUCGCUAAAGGACCGCGCUGAACACGUCAUGCUGGUUGACUUGGCGAGAAACGACGUGAACCGCGUUUGCGAUCCCCUGGAGACUCGUGUUGAUCGCUUGAUGAUUGUACAAAAGUUUUCUCACGUUCAGCACCUUACAUCUGAAGUGUCUGGCGUGCUCAGAGCAGACAAGAAUCGCUUCGACGCCUUCAGGAGCAUCUUCCCCGCCGGAACCGUAUCCGGGGCUCCCAAGGUCCGAGCUAUGGAGCUGAUAGCGGAAUUGGAAGGAGAGAAGCGAGGCGUGUACGCGGGGGCGGUUGGGUACUUUGGCUACAACACGGUGCACAACGGCAAAAUAGAGGAAGGAGCCAUGGAUACAUGCAUUGCCCUGAGAACCAUGGUCAUGAAGGAUGGCGUUGCCUACUUGCAGGCGGGAGGAGGAAUUGUCUUCGACUCGGUCGAGUACGACGAAUACAUGGAGACGAUAAACAAGCUGGGCGCAAACGUUAAGACGAUCGAGACCGCUGAGAGACUGCACUACGAAGCGCAGCAGUAGUAGGAGAGCCAGCUGAAGAUGCGCGGCCUGGUGCAAGGGUCGGUGGCGGUGCAGACGUAGAUGCAGAUGCAGGCGCAGGCUGUCUUCUUGACAAAGGCGAAAAGAGACUAUAAUCAUUGCAGAAGAAGAUGGGGCGCGCACGCCGAUCUUGCACUGUGGGCUAGAAGCCUGUCAAAAUCACGAUGGAAGACGCGGUGGAGACAUCCUUGAUGGGAGUGAGGAACGGUGAGAGUGCUUUGGAAGGCGCCGCAACGCCCAACGCAGUAAAAAUCACUACUGCAGGAAGAGUUUGUGCGGUCAUUUCCUCCUUGGUCAAGUGUACAGCGCAAGCGGCGCAACGUGUUAUCGAUGGAUCUGCGUCGGGCCAAUGGAGUCCCUCUUGUUGAAGUGGCGGUCUUCGUGAGUCUCUCCGGGCGGAGAGAGUCAGGACGGAGCUUGUCCAGCAUCCAAGAUCCAGAGGCGUUUUUCCCACAGUUCUCUCGGGUCGAUAGAUAGCAGGAAAUUUGAUGGUGCACACACUGAAACGACGAGCAAAAGCCGUUUGUGUCAAGCAUGAAGCGUUGCGUGCGGCAACGGUUCGACAAGAGGCGAUCUGGACCGCCCUCAUCUCCUGCGACUCCCCAGAUCACAAGCUAAUCCCGGGCACACAUCGGUUGCAGGCGGUGCCUGUGGCUGAUCAGACAGAUUGUGCAAUUUCAUAAGCGCGGACAUGUCCACGGCUCGAG